GAUUAACACACCUCUGGAAUAUACCAGAUGAUGUCCCAGAUGUAGCCGAGGAAGUCACAAUAAGUACUGAAGUUGAUCCUCGAACACUAGAAAUGGAAAAACUAGUGUUCAAACAUGGAAAUGUACCUCCCCUCACCAUAGAAAAUGACUUGGUGCAAUUCAUUGAGUUCUCAACUCGAGGUCAAAGACUUUGUCCAGUGUGGCUUGACUUACACAGAGGCAGAAUAACAAGUUCCAUCUUUGGACAAGUUCUUAGGGCUGGAAGUAGUCCAAAUAGUUUGAUAAAUAAUACUAUUGAAGGAUCAAGUCUCCACAAAUACAGUUCAUUGCCCCCUGCUGUGAAGUGGGGCCAGGAUCAUGAAAAUGAAGCAAAACAGCAAUACAUUGCACUAAAAUCAGUAUUUGGAGAUGUAGUGGUGGAGGAAACUGGCCUGACCUUGUGUGCUUCUCAUUCUUUUCUUGGGGCAUCAAGUGAUGGGAAAGUCUGUGAUGCAGGGGAAGAAGGUGUGCUUGAAAUUAAAUGUCCAUUUUCCCUAAAAGGAAAGCCAGUCAACAAGAUGGAAAUUCAGGAAAUUGUCAAUCUCUCAGAUCCUGCAUUUUGCCUUGUUCAGGGAAACGAUGGACCAAAGCUGUCGAGACAUGACCAUGACUAUUAUGCUCAAGUGCAAGGUGAGAUGGAGUUUGAUAAGAGUUAA